GAAGCGGGACCACCGCUUGCCAUCUGCUCCCGACUCGCCUCUUUUUAUCUCAGUGUACUUGCCCACCAGUAUACAUUAUUUUCGUUGGUGGGUCUGAUAAAAUUUUUCAGUGUUUCUCCUGCGGUAUAUUCCCAGUCAGGAGCUAUGAUUAAGCUUUUUAAAGUAAAGGAGAGACAGAGAGAAAUUGCUGAGAGUGCCAAUGGAAGGGCACCCGUUAAGAAGCAAACUGCUGGAGAAUUGCGCCUUCAUAAAGAUAUCAGUGAGUUGAACCUACCCAAAUCAUGUUCCAUAUUAUUCCCCAAUGGAAAGGAUGAUCUGAUGAACUUUGAAGUUGUAAUUCGACCUGAUGAAGGAUAUUAUUUAGGUGGCACAUUUAAUUUCUCUUUCCAAGUAAAUUCUAUCUAUCCACAUGAAGCUCCAAAAGUCAAGUGCAAGACCAAGGUCUACCAUCCCAACAUUGACUUGGAAGGAAAUGUUUGCCUCAACAUUUUACGAGAAGAUUGGAAACCUGUCCUUAAUAUAAAUACGAUUAUUUAUGGAUUGUACCAUCUUUUCACGCAACCGAAUCAUGAGGAUCCCCUCAACCAUGAAGCAGCAGCUGUGUUGAGAGAUAACCCAAAGUUGUUUGAAUCCAAUGUAAGAAGGGCUAUGGCUGGCGGGUAUGUGGGACAGAUCUCCUUCCCACGGUGUCUGUAGCUUUGGUUUGCCUGGACUUGGUGCCACUCCAUAUUGUCAUUCCUUGAAGGCCCAGGAGCUGCAUCUUGUUUCAAAUUACAUGUUUUGAUUUUCAGGGUGAGGUUAGGGAAUUGUAAUUCCCAAAAAACCAACAAAGGCCCAGAGGAAGGUGUGUAGGUUACCGUAACUUUUGUGGCUCUUGUGACGUUGGCUUGCCAUUUCUUUAUUUUGAUGUGGAACAAUACAGACUUAUAGCUUGGACAAGGAUAUACGUAUAUUACAUCUUUUGUUUUUCCCCCA